AUGCUCUCGAAGAAGCGCUGGUGGAAGAUCCGCCUGCCGCAGGCUGUCAAGCCGGAUCCAGUGUUGAACCUCAGCGAGUGCGCCUCGGUGCUGGCCACCACCCUGGAUGGGUCCGCCAGCACCUCCACAGCCACCACGGAGAGCAGUGGCAGCCCCACGCGGCACCGCAGCUGCGACAGUCUGUCCAAGAGCUCCCAGGCGGAGGCGAGCAAGCUCUUUCCCCGGAAUAUGCCCAGCAUUCGCCGGAGUCGUCGGAGGGCCCUCUCCGCGGAGAGGGAGGGCAGGGAGCGCCUGGCCAGCCGGGAGCAGGAGAAGGUCCAGCCACCGCAGUUGCCUCAGAAGAGCACCGCACAAUCCCGCCUGUCUACGGUGACCAAGCUCUCGCCCAGGAAGCAGGCUGCAGCAGGAAAGAUUAGCUGCUCCAAGAACCGAGGCAAUCCGCCGGCAAAGUGCAUCAUCAAGGCUGCGGUGCGGGCCAAGACCAAGCCCAAGCCUAGGAUUACUCUGGCACCAUACGAAAUAGCCCUGGAACUGCCCAAUGAGUCGCCAGCUCCCACCUUGGCCAUGGCCGUGGCCCAGUCCUCCUCCGGCUGUGAGCUAAGGAAGACCAUCUGCGAGGAGCAGUUCCACUCCUCGGGCAUCUCCUGUAAUGGGGAGACCGACGACGAUGUGGAGGUGGCCAUGCUGACGGGAAGCCUGAGCGCCGCCCAGAUGGCCAAGAUCCAGAAGCAUCCCCCUCCUCCUCCUGCUCCGACUGUGUCCUUGCACUUCGGCGACCUUAGGAACCUCAACCUGUGCCGCAGCAGGAACGCCGUUUGGCUCAAUCCCAAGGACACGGAGCAGCUGAUCGAGCGGAACAGGAGGGAUCCCGUUUGCUGCUUCAACCUGGCCAUUGCCGACGAUAUCCAGCUCAGCGAUAUUGAAGAACAAUUGGCCAGGUUUGAUGGCCACUCAAAGAGGCCGCCGCCGCCGCCAGCAGCGACAGCAGCCAAAACCAUCCAGUCCAGCCAAUUUUCCAACAAAUACAAACCCACGCCUGCACCCCGCACCACUAGCAACAUGCAACAGCAGCAGCAACACCAGCAACAGCAGCAGCAGGCCCCCAGCAGCAGCUACUACACGCAAACGGAAAGCGAGCUGCUGCAGAUCGAGGCGGGCGGCGCGGGCCUGACCUACGCCUCCCACCGCCCGGAGUCACAGCCUCCGUCGGCUGGCACUCAGCAGACUUCCACCCAAGCCCUAGACGUGCCCUCGGCCUCCUCCAGUGGCAGCAGUGGCGGCAGCGGCUCCCUGGGGCCCGCCGGCAGUCAUUUUGUCUCUCCUCUGCAGCGCCGCCACUGCCAGCCGCCCAGCCAUCUGCCGUUGAAUUCGGUGGCCUCCCCGCUCCGCACAGCCACCUACAAGACGGCGUCGGCGGUGGGAGCGGGACAUGGCUUCCACCCGAGCCACCACCACCAGCAGUUGGACUUCCAGCGGAACUCGCAGUCGGACGACGACAGCGGAUGCGCCCUUGAGGAGUACACGUGGGUGCCGCCGGGACUAAGGCCAGAUCAGGUCCGCUUGUACUUCAGCCAACUGCCCGACGACAAAGUGCCCUACGUCAACAGUCCCGGCGAAAAGUAUCGCGUCAAGCAAUUGCUGCACCAGCUGCCGCCGCAAGAUAACGAGGUGCGCUACUGCCACUCGCUGAGCGACGAGGAGCGGAAGGAGCUGCGCAUCUUCUCGGCCCAGCGGAAGCGGGAGGCCCUCGGCCGCGGAGCCGUCCGCCUGCUGUCCGACGAGCGACCCUGCAAGGGGUGCGAGGAGCCUUUGUCGGGCGGUGACAUUGUGGUUUUCGCCCAGCGGUUGGGGGCCCAGUUGUGCUGGCAUCCCGGCUGCUUUGUGUGCAGCGUGUGCAAGGAGCUGUUGGUGGACCUGAUCUACUUCCAGCGGGAUGGAAAUCUCUACUGCGGGCGUCACCAUGCCGAGACCCAGAAGCCGCGAUGCUCCGCCUGUGACGAGAUCAUCUUCUCCGACGAGUGCACAGAGGCAGAGGGUCGGACGUGGCACAUGAAGCACUUCGCCUGCCAGGAGUGCGAGCAGCAGCUGGGCGGCCAGAGGUACAUCAUGCGGGAGGGCAAGCCCUACUGCCUGGCCUGCUUCGACACCAUGUUCGCCGAGUACUGUGACUACUGCGGCGAGGUGAUCGGCGUGGACCAGGGCCAGAUGAGCCACGACGGACAGCACUGGCAUGCGACGAACCAGUGCUUCAGCUGCUGCACCUGCCGCUGUUCGCUGCUGGGGAGGCCCUUCCUGCCCCGGAGGGGCACCAUCUACUGCUCCAUCGCCUGCAGCAAGGGUGAGCCGCCGACGCCGUCGGAUACGAGCUCGGGCCCCCAACUGCGGCCCACACAUCGCGCCUCCACUUCCAGCCAGAUAGCCAAGUCCCCGCGAAGGUCAGGGGGAGGUGAGCGGGAGACCGGGCGAAGGGCGCCCCACCAUGGCCACCCGAAGGCCACCGGCAGUGCUGGCGACCUGCUAGAGCGCCAGGAACGGCAGCGCAUGGAGGCCGCCGGAGUGGCAGACCUGCUGCUGGGAGGAGGUGUGCCCGGCAUGCCACGACCCGCCCAUCCGCCGCCCAUCGACCUCACCGAGCUGGGCAUCAGUCUGGACAACAUCUGUGCCGGCGACAAGUCCAUCUUCGGCGACACCCAGACGCUGACCAACUCCAUGCCGGACAUGCUGCUCUCGAAGGCCGAGGACUCGCACAGCUACCAGAGCAUCGACAAGAUCAACCUGAACUCGCCGAGCAACUCGGACCUGACGCAGAGCACCCAGGAGCUGGCCCACGAGCUGGAGCUGGACAACGAGCCGGUGGGGGAGCUGCCCCACGAUGGCUACGAGCAGCUGUUCGCCGGCAACCGGAAUCAAGCACAGCUGGCCCUGGCCCAGGAGCAGGAGAUGGAGGAGGAGCUGCUGGACAACCGGCCGCUGAAAGAGGUGCGCUUCCACAGCGUUCAGGACACGAUGUCACGUUCCAAGAGCUACACAGACAACUCCAACGCCCGCCGGCGGAGGCGACGUCGCAACCAGUCGCGCAGCUCCUCGGAGAUGCAGAUCAACCAGACCAACCUCCGGCUGCACAACGCCCAGACGCAGGCCGGUCCGGGAGCCCUCAAUCUGCUGAACAACCUGGACAACUGCGACGUGGCCAGCAUCUGCUCCACCUGCUCCUCCAGCUCCUCGAGCGACAUGGAUGACUACGUGUACCGCCUGCCGGCCCGGAAGCACUACGGCGGCGUGCGCGUGGCCUACGUGCCCAACGAUGCCCUGGCCUAUGAGCGGAAGAAGAAGCUGGCCCAGGACUCGUGCCUCGCCGGAGGAGUCGGUGUGGGCGGAGGCGGAGGAGGAGUGGGGUGCGGCGGAUCGCCGGCGAUCAUGCACGAGAGCAAGAACUGCACGAUUUCUUGA